CUUCGCCAACCCCACCUCCCCGCCCCCGCCCGCCCGCUGCCCGCCUCCUCCUCCGAGCCGGCAUCUGAGAUAGCGGCACUGGAGCUGCGCGCGCGGGCAGGGAGCUAGAGCUGCCUGCAAGCUGCCGCCGGCGCCACCGCAGCGGCGAUCAUAACAGCGGCGGCCGAGGCGGCAGCGCACGCAAGCGCGCGACGCGACGGACCCUUCGGAACGUUCCGAGAGCAGCAGCAGCGGCGGCGGAGCGCGCGCCUGAGGACCACCUAAGAAACAUAACGUUCUUUUUCACGCUGUUGGGGAGCUGCAAACCCUUGUACUAGGCCCCAUCCAGGGGUUAUCUUCUCAUACCAGGACCUUUGAAAAGCCACCAGAAGCCUGUGAAGUAAUUGUGUGUUGUUUUUACAAGGGACAACAUCAUAACAGCACUUUCUGUUUGUUUUUGUUUUCAAAGUUCUUGCACUGGGACAUUUCUUCUCCUUGGACUGAGAUAUGAAGGUUCUUGAAUAAUUGUUUCCAAGCCGGAAUUCUAAGGGAUAUUAGCAAUGAAGAAAACCCUCUUUCCUUGCAUGUCACUCUGGAAAACAAGUGGAUUAUUAUUGAACUUUCACAAGGAACCCUCUAGCCUUUUUGUGUGCUUUGCAGAUCUUUGCACUGAGAUUUUCCCAGGCGGGAAGAAAUUACCUCUAUGCAUUUUGCUGUGCCAAAAGAUAUUUGCCUCAUAAACAAAACUUAACCGGGAUCUGUGAGACGGUCUGUUACAACCCACAUUAAUGCCAGGAGUUUGCAGUGCAACCCUUUGGUAGACAAAGAUUACAGUCACCUUUCCUUUAGAUCCAUAGGCUCCCUCUGAACAGGAAACUGCCUUACUUGCUUGAUAAAUGGGAAUCUUCAGACUAAUCACUCAUGAAAAUUGUUGUCUUGACAAAAUCUUAGGUAGCAUCUUCACUAAGUCUUCAGCUCUGCUUGUGGAAAAUACAUCUGAUAAUCAUUGAUAUCUAGAUGCAAAGUUGUGUCUGACCGUUUGUGAAUAAAUGCGAGACAUGAAUCUUUCUCUUGAGAGAGCACUUGGUAACCCUGUUGGUGUAUGCUCUUUUGAGUGGUCUUCUUCCUCUUCCUGCUUAGCACUCCAGGCAACUCUUGAUUAAAGUCACCAAGCAAGUAAUUAUUUCCCCCCUUCCAUUCCUGCUGUCAAGAUGGCUUCUGUCCGGUUCAUGGUCACUCCCACUAAAAUAGAUGAUAUCCCAGGCCUGUCAGAUACCAGCCCAGACCUCAGCUCCCGCUCCAGCUCCCGCGUCCGCUUCAGCUCCAGAGAAAGUGUCCCUGAAACAACCCGGAGCGAGGGUGCCAGUGACUUCUCUAGAGCAACCAGUUCACUGGCCACUGAAGCAGCUGAGCCGGCCACUGACAAGACUACCAAUCCCCGCACAGAUGCGGCUGAAGAUGUGAGUCAAACUUCCGUCACAGGGGAACAGUAUCAGCUCUUAGAUCCUGGUCACAAGAAGGAUCCUCAUAAUGCCUAUCUCAACAAUAUCAACUACGAAGAUGGCGAUGAAUUCUUUGACAAGAAUUUGGCACUUUUUGAGGAGGAGAUGGACACCCGGCCCAAGGUGUCCUCCCUGCUCAACCGCAUGGCCAAUUACACCAACUUGAUGCAGGGAGCCCGUGAACAUGAGGAGGCUGAGAAUGUCCCUCCAGGCAAGAAAAAAGCUAUCAAGUCUCCACAGAUGGGCACAUUCAUGGGAGUCUAUCUGCCUUGCCUGCAGAACAUCUUCGGGGUGAUUCUCUUCUUACGGCUCACCUGGGUGGUGGGUACAGCUGGCGUGUUGCAAGCCUUUGCCAUUGUCCUCAUCUGCUGUUGCUGUACUCUGCUAACAGCCAUCUCCAUGAGUGCCAUUGCCACCAAUGGAGUUGUGCCUGCUGGGGGUUCCUACUUCAUGAUCUCACGAGCUUUGGGGCCUGAGUUUGGAGGAGCUGUUGGACUCUGCUUUUAUCUGGGCACCACCUUUGCUGCUGCAAUGUACAUUUUGGGAGCCAUUGAAAUCUUCCUGAUGUACAUUGCCCCUGAGGCAGCCAUCUUCCAUAGUGAGGAUCCCUUGAAGGAGCCAGCAGCCAUGCUCAACAACAUGCGGGUGUAUGGCUCAGCCUUUCUAGUGAUUAUGGUGCUGGUGGUGUUCGUGGGUGUACGCUACGUGAAUAAGUUUGCCUCUCUCUUCCUUGCCUGUGUCAUCGUCUCAAUCCUGGCCAUCUACGCUGGUGCCAUCAAGUCCUCUUUUGCACCUCCCGACUUCCCCGUAUGCAUGCUGGGGAACCGCUCUCUCUCCCGGCACCACAUUAAUGACUGUGCCAAGACGGUGGAGCGUGACAACAUCACCCAGCACACUGUCCUCUGGGAGUUUUUCUGCAAUGCUACCAAGCACCACAAUGCCUCCUGUGAUGAUUAUUUUCAGCACAACAAUGUCACCGUUAUCCAGGGUAUCCCAGGGCUGGCCAGUGGCAUUAUCACUGAGAAUCUUUGGAGCAGCUACUUGGUGAAAGGUGAAAUAAUUGAGAAACCAUCAUUGCAUUCAGCUGAUGUGUGGGGAAGCCUGAAUCAGCAGUAUGUGCUGUCUGACAUCACCACUUCCUUUACGCUUCUUGUGGGCAUCUUUUUCCCUUCAGUCACUGGAAUCAUGGCUGGAUCAAAUCGUUCUGGAGACCUGAAGGAUGCCCAGAAAUCCAUCCCCAUUGGUACCAUCCUGGCUAUUCUCACCACCUCCUUUGUGUAUCUUAGCAACGUAGUGCUGUUUGGGGCAUGUGUGGAAGGUGUCGUGCUCAGAGAUAAGUUUGGUGAUACAGUGAAAGGGAAUCUGGUGGUCGGGACCCUGUCCUGGCCCUCCCCUUGGGUCAUUGUCAUCGGUUCUUUCUUCUCCACGUGUGGAGCUGGGCUGCAGAGCCUCACCGGCGCACCCAGACUGCUACAAGCCAUAGCCAAGGACAACAUUAUACCCUUCCUGCGGGUAUUUGGCCAUGGCAAAGCCAAUGGAGAACCCACGUGGGCCUUGCUUCUGACAGCAGGCAUUGCAGAACUGGGGAUCCUCAUUGCCUCUUUGGAUAUGGUAGCACCCAUCCUUUCCAUGUUCUUCCUGAUGUGUUAUCUCUUUGUCAACCUAGCCUGCGCAUUACAAACUCUGCUACGUAGCCCCAACUGGAGACCUCGCUUCCGGUACUAUCACUGGGCACUCUCCUUCAUGGGCAUGAGCAUCUGUGUGGCACUCAUGUUCAUCUCCUCCUGGUAUUAUGCAAUUGUUGCCAUGGUGAUAGCUGGAAUGAUCUACAAAUACAUUGAGUACCAUGGGGCCGAGAAGGAGUGGGGCGAUGGCAUCCGUGGCCUGUCCCUCAGCGCAGCCCGCUUCGCCCUGCUGCGUCUUGAGGCGGGGCCACCCCACACCAAGAACUGGAGGCCACAACUGCUGGUGCUGCUAAAGCUGGAUGAGGAUCAGCACGUGAAGCAUCCGCGCCUGCUCACCUUUGCCUCUCAGCUGAAAGCUGGAAAGGGCCUCACCAUUGUGGGCUCCGUCAUGGUGGGCAACUUCCUGGAGUGUUACAGUGAUGCACUGGCUGCCGAGCAGACCAUCAAGCACCUGAUGGAGGCAGAGCGGGUGAAAGGCUUCUGCCAAAUCGUGGUGGCUGCCAAAGUGCGAGAGGGCAUCUCCCACCUCAUUCAGUCCUGUGGGCUGGGUGGCAUGAAGCACAACACAGUUGUCAUGGGCUGGCCCAACGCCUGGCGCCAGAGUGAGGAUGCCCGUGCUUGGAAAACCUUCAUUGGCACUGUCCGAGUGACUACAGCUGCUCACCUCGCCUUGCUUGUGGCAAAGAAUGUGUCCUUCUUCCCUAGCAAUACAGAUCCUUUCCCCGAGGGGAGCAUUGACGUCUGGUGGAUUGUUCAUGAUGGUGGGAUGCUGAUGUUACUCCCUUUCCUCCUCAAGCAACACAAGGUGUGGCGUAAAUGCAGAAUCCGCAUCUUCACUGUAGCCCAGCUGGAGGAUAACAGCAUCCAGAUGAAGAAGGAUUUAGCUACCUUUCUCUAUCACCUCCGCAUUGAGGCAGAGGUAGAAGUGGUGGAAAUGCAUGACAGCGACAUUUCUGCCUACACCUAUGAGCGCACGCUGAUGAUGGAGCAGCGCUGCCAGAUGUUGCGGCAAAUGCGUCUCUCAAAGACGGAGCGGGACCGAGAGGUGCUCCCCACACAGGCGCAGCUGGUGAAGGACAGAAACUCGAUGCUGCGGCUGACGAGCAUUGGCUCAGAUGAUGACGAAGAGACUGAGACUUACCAGGAAAAGGUGCACAUGACGUGGACCAAGGACAAGUACAUGGCAUCCCGAGGGCACAAACCCAAGACCUUGGAGAACUUCCAGGAUCUGCUCAACAUGCGGCCGGACCAGUCCAACGUGAGACGUAUGCACACAGCUGUGAAGCUCAAUGAGGUCAUAGUCAACAAGUCUCACGAUGCCAAGCUGGUACUGCUCAACAUGCCAGGCCCACCACGUAAUCCUGAUGGUGAUGAGAACUAUAUGGAAUUCCUGGAGGUCCUUACAGAGGGGCUGGAGCGUGUGCUGCUUGUGCGGGGUGGUGGCAGCGAAGUCAUCACUAUCUACUCCUAGGGGAACUAGGAGGGCUUCCUCCUGAUAGACUCUGUUCUGUCAAAUUGACAUCUGCUUCCUGCCUGUCACCACCUGCAACUUGAUCUCCCAAGGAGAGCAGCUAUCAGUGUCACACCUCCUAUGCUUUCUUUUCCCUGUGGCAGUUUGGGGUUCUUCAAAUGGGGUGAUUUCCCCUAUUUGGAGACUAGAGUUGACAUUUCCCCAUGCCUUCCGUAAAGGUACAUGCCGGAAACUGCAUAAGCUUGUCACGAAAGGAGAUUAGACUGGAUUGGGCUGGGAGAUGGCUGGAUCUUCCCUUUAGAAAGCGUAGGACUAGUAAGGCAAGUAUUACUUUGGAGGGAUUAAACAGAGCAAAAACGUAGGUUGCUUCCAUCUUAAGAGUUAACUACUGCUUCUGCCCUCUGGUGGGCAUGACAAAAAUGGAGCAACAGGGUCCUCCUACUGCAGAGACUGUUACAUUUCAUUGUUGAAUCAAGAAGAGGAGAAAUGAUUGCUGCUUGGAGGACCUAGAGGGAGGGAGAUGCAGCCUCCAUUGUGCCACUUUCUUCUGGUCAGUGCCAAAGUCUUUCUGCUUUAUUUCCCUUGAAAUCAAGGGGAGGGACAGCAUUUAGGAAGAUGGAACUGACUCUUACAGUACUUAUCUCAUACCCUAAUCCCUUGAGGGAUUCCAAAACUCAAACUAAUUGUUGGCUGGGUGUGGGGGGAAGAGUUGACUCUUAAGCCAGGCUGCAGGUGGCAUAUUGAUGGAGGGACAUACAUAACUGUUCUACUUUCUUUUCUCUGUGGUCCUCACACUCCUAUCUGGGCAAGGAAGCUAGACCAAUUUGCCAGGUCCUUCACUGUAGCGUCUGGUUGCUGUUACAGGUUGAGAGGAAAAGGAGACGGCAGCCUCUCCUUUCUAAACCAUAGAAAGAGAAGUAGAGCAGCAAUAUCUCCUGACCUUUGUAACAUGCCCUCCCUGCUCCCAAGUGGCUACCCUUCUCUUCCCUCAAGCUUGGGCCAGAGAAGGCUAUUGUGACCCUACCUGUGUCUAUACUGAGGACCCACAACUUGCUGUAUUUUGUGAGUGUUGGGAAAUAAGUCCUUCCUACCCCUACAGAAGCAAACACUGGAAAAGGUGCUGUGCUGUUUUGUCCAACCCAAUUUCAAUGACGGAUGUCUAAUUCUCCUCCUCCUCCCACCACUUUGCUCAAGUAUAGUAUGCAGGGACCACUCCUCUUGGGGGUAGCCUUAAAGCAGAUUCAGCUCCAGCCUCUCCUCCACUUUUCUUUUAAAAGGGAAGUUCAUGUUAAGUUCCUCACCUCUUAUUUUGGGGGAGGUCUUUUAAUUUAUUGGGGGGGGAUGACCUUGUUUACAUACAGCAUCAAGUUUUGGGGUGUGAUUUUUUGCUUCCUGAAUUAUGUAAAGAAUAAACUUUUUAUAUAUAAUU